CAGACCACUUGACUACAAAGACCAUCAGCCCCCAGGUCCUCCUUUAAAGUGUCAGGAGGAGAUGAAAAGGGAGAAGAAGAGCGCAGGGAUCCUCUUCUUCCUCACUGACGGGGCAGCUGUCAGGCAGCAUGUCUGCGGGAAGUGGCCUGGUUUCUGUGGAUUUUGAAAUCUUCGGACACGUUCAGGCAGCUGCAGAACAGAUCUGUGCUGAUCUGAAGAGACUUUCUAACUGUUCCUCUGUCUUUGACCGUUUUCCAGGGGUUUGCUUCAGGAUGUACACAGAGAAGGAGGGUCUGCGGCUCGGCCUGGUGGGGUGGGUGAAGAACACCUACGGUGGGACGGUGGUGGGUCAGGUGCAGGGUCCAGCUGAGCAGGUGGAGGAGAUGAAGGUGUGGCUGAGUAAAGAAGGAAGUCCCACCAGUCGGAUCACUAAAGCCUCCUUCAGCAACCAGAGGUCCAUCGAUAAGUUGGAGCUCUCCGGCUUCAAAACACGCUUCUGAUCAGCUGAUUGAACAACCAGAGAGUUUUCGUCUAAAUUGGAACCGCUCCAAAUGUGUCUACUGUUUGGAGACAAGAGCACUGAUCCGAAUUUAGAGUUUAAUGACUAAUGAAGCGUCUGCAUCAUCAGUUUUCUUUUCCGAUGAAAAAAAGUACUGUAUUUUAUGUUUAAAAAUAUCGAAUUUGGGGAAAUCAGUGCUAAAUUUUUCUUUUAUAAAUCAAAACUUUAAAGGAAAAAAAAAAGUGUGAAUCAAACAAAUUUCAGAAAAUCAAAAAUUCUGAUGAAGAUAGUUGUCUUCUGCAGGGAUUUCACUGUUUAAAAAUGUUCUGAGAAUUGAUCAUUUUUGGUCAAAAGUUUUCCAUAAUUUCACCAAAAUGCAGAAAACUCUUAAAAACGGUCAUUUGCUAAUAAAUGCAUGAUGUUCAGAAAAUGCUGACUGUUUGGGAAAAGUUUAAAAGAAACUGAAUGAAAGGGUGUCAAAGUGC